CUCCGAGAGAUGUGGGAGCUGAUCCACAACCACAGGCUCUUCGCUGACCUCCGAUCCGAUCCCGACAACAGGCCAUGGCGGCAGCCGCAGCCGCAGCGGCAGACACACGGCCACCACACGUGCUCCUUUAUUUGGCUCUCGGUCUCAGUACUUUGAGAACGAAGAGCAGCUAGCGGCGGCGGCGCAUCAGUGACAGAUCACUCGUGCUUGCCCUUCCUAGCAAGGUCGCCCAAGGAGGAAGAAGAAGAAGCAGCGCCGCGCCGCAGAGAUGGCGGCCGCCUCCUCCUCCACCGUCGUAGCUCCGGCCUCCACCCCGGCCAGCUUCCUCGGGAAGAAGCUCAGGCCGACGCAAGCGACGACGGCGGCGGCCGUGAACUACUACCAUGUCAAGAGCUCCAGCGGCGCCAACAGGUUCAAGGUCAUGGCCGCCCCGACCCCCAUCCCGCUAACCACCAUCGCCGAGCUGCGGCAGCACCACUCGCAGCUCGUCCGCCUCGGCCUCGCCUCCCACCCUUCCCACGCGCGCCGCCUCCUCUCCUUCCUCGCCCGCGACCCCGACUCCCACUUCCCCUACGCCGCCCGCCUCCUGGCGCACCACCCGGACCCGCACCCGGCGCUCUUCAACCCGCUCCUCUCCGCCCUCCCGCCGCGCCACGCCGCGCGGCUCCUGGCACUCAUGCUCUCCCUGCCCCUGCCCCCCGACCACUUCACCUUCCCGCGCAUCCUCCCCGGCGCCGCGCCGCUCCUCCUCGUCGCCCAGCUCCACGCGCUGCUCGUCAAGCUCGGCUUCCACUCCCACUCGCAGUCGCUCAACGCACUGCUCGCCGCGUACCUCGCCAAUGCGCGCCCCGACCUCGCCUCCCGUGUCUUCCGCGGCGGGGGUGCCCUAGACGUCGUGUCGUGGACCACCAUGGUCGGCGGGCUCUGCAAGCUGGGGCUGGUCGACGGCGCGCGGGAGGUGUUCGACGGGAUGCCGGAGCGGAACCUGAUAUCGUGGAACGCGAUGAUGUCCGGGUACGUGAAGGCCGGGCGGUUCCUGGACGCGCUGGAGGUGUUCGACGAGAUGCGGGCGCGCGGCGUGGAGGGGAACGGGUUCGUCGCGGCGACGGCGGCGGUGGCGUGCACGGGCGCCGGCGCGCUGGCGCGCGGGAGGGAGGUGCACCGCUGGGUGGCGCGGAGCGGGAUCCGGAUGGAUGACAAGCUGGCGACCGCGAUGGUCGACAUGUACUGCAAGUGCGGGUGCGUCGAGGAGGCGCGGCGCGUGUUCGAGGCCCUGCCGGCGAAGGGGCUCACGACGUGGAACUGCAUGAUCGGCGGGCUCGCUGUGCACGGGCGAGGCGAGGACGCUGUCGAGGUGUUCGCCCGGAUGGAGAGGAAGGGCGUGGCGCCAGACGACGUCACGCUGGUGAACGUGCUCACGGCCUGCGCGCACGCGGGGAUGGUCCGCGAGGGUCGCCGCUACUUGGACCACAUUGUUCGAAGAUACGGCGUCGAGCUGAAGAUGGAGCACUACGGCUGCCUGGUUGACUUGUAUGGAAGAGCAGGGCAACUGGACGAAGCCAAGAAGGUGAUCGACGACAUGCCGAUGGAGCCGGACGUCGGCGUCCUCGGCGCGCUGUUUGGUGCGUGCAAGCUCCACGGCGAUGUCGACUUGGGCGAGGCGAUCGGGUGGCGCGUCAUCGAGCUGGAUCCCCAGAACAGCGGCCGCUACGUGCUGCUGGCGAACCUCCUCGCCACCGCCGGCCGGUGGGAGGACGUGGCCAGGGUCCGGCGGCUGAUGGACGAGCGGAAUGUGAGCAAGGAGGCCGGGCGGUCCGUGAUCGAGGUCGACGGCGAGGUCUGCGAGUUCCAGUGCGGGAGCCUGAGCCAUCACCAGGCAGAGGAGGUGUACGCCAUGGCCAGGGACAUGAUGAGGAGGAUCGGGGCAGAGGGCUACUUGCCCGACACGAGGGACGUGCUGCACGACGUUGCGUAGGGGAGGAGAGCUGGAGCAGGGGCACCGGAUGUCCCAAAAAAACUAUUCUCUCUCCUCAAAGUGUCUUCCAGCAAAAUUGACACAAACAAAAAGUAUCCACCAACAAACAGCCAAGAUGACGCUGGAGAAGCUGCUCGAGUACGGCCACAUGCUGGUGGCGGAGCAGGAGAACGUCAAGCGUGUGCAGCUUGCCGACAAGUACCUCAGCAAGCAACCAGGCAGCUCCGGCCCAGGUAAGCGUGUUCUUUUCUUCCCUCCUAAUUCUUGCACUUCACCAGGUAGACAUGCAUGGACACCGGCGCGUUGCAUUGAAGCCGUCCACCAGCGGCACGUCGUAGAAGCGCCGACCUCCACCACGGUCGCACCGGAGCACGCCGCCGCAGUCGCGCACCCGUGGUGAUCAGUGCAUUCUGAGCUCAGCCUUCAGAGUAAAGGAGGAUGCGGUGUUCUUGAAGAGGCAAGCUGAUCCAAAUGAGCAAUCAUAGGGUAACUAAGAAGAGGUAUAUAUAUCUAACAGGGAUGACAAGCUGGAGGAGGGAAGAUCUCUGCUUUAGCAACCAUCCUCGGGCGGAGCCUGGAUUUAGGUCAGGGGAGCAAUGCACAAAGAAAAGUAGAACGGAUAGCUAUGUGAUUAUGGAUUACUUGCGACGGUGUCAAUUUGGAGCGUGGCCGCGGUAGCGUCGCGCAGUGUUUCAACUCUCAUAUCCGGUCUUCCAGUAGCCAGUCCGACAGUACCAGCGCCACGCAGUUGCGGUGUCCGGCGAACUGGUGAAGGAGAAGAUCGAAAUACCGAAAAUGAAUAGUUGAACGGACAGAGGCACGACGCUUGAUGUUUAGUAUUCCAAACAAUAAUGAAGGGAGAAGGCGAGCAACGACUAGAUAGGCUUAAAUGGGCUGCUUCUUAUUGGGACUAAAAACAAUUAACGUUUGGAAUGAAUAGGAGGAGGCGAGAAGCUGAACACAGCUGAUACAUACAUGUAUAUUUAGAGUGGCGUGUUUGGUUGCCUGCUUCUCCCGUAGCCAGGCUCUGUAAAUGCAACUGACUGCAUGCUCCUUUGGUUUACCGUUGGGCAAUAAUGUGGACGAACAAGGCGGCUGAUGAUGUCGUCGCCGCUGCACAGCAGCAGUUGGUGACGACGAUCCUGUUGCAGCUCCAGCUGGUUUACGACGACGCACCCGGAGCGCGGAGGCGGCGGCGACGACGGAGGGAUCAAAGCGGAGGAGCAGCGAGGGCUCCGGCGGCGGUUGUAGUGUAGGAGUAGGGCGUGACGGCGGCGAGGUUUAAGAACUUGAUACUUGGGAUGAAAUGUUUAAGAAUAACAUGCAUGCACCAGGUUU